UCUGUUCGAGAAAUGGCUGAUGAUUUGGGAGACGAGUGGUGGACUCAGGGCGACAAUUCAGGUGUGUAUGAUGUAGAGGAAGAAACGCAGCCCUCUACAGAAGAACAGCACAUCAAACCCACAUCAAAGAAAAGGAAGGGUGAAAAACAGAUUCAAGAUAACAGUAAGAAAAAGAAGAGGAGACGGAAAACGGUUCAGAAAGAAUGUUUCGUCACACAGGAGAGAUCAGAAGAAAAGAGUGAUAAAGAAUCCAACAAAACCAAGAAGAGACGAAAGAAAAAGAAAACAAUCACAGAUGUCUUAGCGAGCUCCGAGCCUGUUCCGGGCUCUCCUGAUGAACUAAUGAGCCUUCUGAAGAGUCACUAUAGCCAGACCCGCUCUGUUAUUGAGCAGGAGGAACUGACACUACAGGACUCAUGUUUCCUUGGCAGUAAUGACCUUACACAUAGCUUGUCGUCCUACCUCAAGGAAGUCUGUCCAAAGUGGGCUAAAAUACAGAAGCAGCACUCCCAGACCCAGUCAGUUGUGUUGCUCAUCGUUUGUGGAUCCGCUCUCAGAACAAUUGAUCUUAUUAAGCAACUGGUGGCAUUUAAAGGACAAGCUAAAGUGCUGAAGCUGUUCGCAAAACACAUUAAAGUAGACAAACAAAUAAAGUUAUUAAGUAAAGGUGUGACCCAUAUUGCUGUUGGAACUCCUGGGAGAAUUUCUGCCCUUUUAGAGAAAGAUGGUUUGACUGUGCGAGGCCUGCAGUAUUUGGUACUGGACUGGAACUACCGAGACCAGAAGCACAGGAAAAUGGCGGAUAUACCAGAAGUGAAAGAAGAUUUGCUGAAAAUGAUGGACCUUGGUGUAAUUCAGAGCUGCAGAGAAGGAACAGUUAAAAUAGGACUCUUUUGAGAUGAUUGUCUCUAGUUUUUACUUAUUUUCAUGUGCACAUUCACAUUCAUGUCCCUUUGCUUGCUUGGUAUGUUAUUGAUAAAACUACUGUUAAGUAUUUUUAUUGCCAUAUAAGAUUAACCCUCUGGUCUGGAGUGUUUGUUCACAUUUAUAAAUAAACCCGAUCUGAA